CAAGCGUUUCCGUGCUGAAAGACCGAUGGAACCCAUCGAUCCUUUUCCUUUGAUGAACCUUCCCGAGCAGUUAAUAGAAUACGUGCUGUCUUUCGUCAGUCACACGGAUCUGCUGAAAAGUUGUCGCAAUACAUGCAAGCCUUUCCGAGACAUAAUCGACAGCAACAGCUUCUGGAAGAUCAAGUGCCAGCGGGACGGCAGGAGCAUUCCCUCGUUCCACUUAGAGGAGCUUCCACCGCGUUACUACCAACGUAUUUACAUCGGGAACCCGUACGGCAGGAAUUUGCUUCGCAACGGGCACGGAGAUUCUCCCAAAGGUGCAUUUGCCUCGUGGCGUAUAAUGGAAAACGGUGGUGAUGGAUGGAAAUAUGAAGAAACACCAAAAGGCGCUGAUCCCUUGCCUUUAGAUAAACAGGGAUGCUUUUCAACUUCUUAUGGUGCCUGUACGAAGCAACAAGUCAUCAGCCUUGCAAGCGAGGGUGUCCUUCCUGAAAUAAUGGACAACUUCAAGCCACACAUUGAAGUCUCAGAAUGGCAUGCAGCUCGAUUUGAUUGUGGCUGUGUGUACACGUUGACUGUCUCACUCCUCAACGAAAAAAGGAAAGUGCUGCACGAGUUCACUACUGGCCCUAUUGUGACUGAACAGUGGCUUGGCCGUGAAUGGAGUCAGGUCACACAUGUGUUUCGUGACUACCCGUCAGGGGUGCGUUUUGUUAAGUUCCAGCACUAUGGUUGUGACACUCAAUUUUGGGCAGGCAACUAUGGAUCCAAGAUGGCAGGAGGUGUGGUUCGUGUUCGUGGAAACAAGCAGGAGCCUGUAGCCGCUGAAAUCACCACUGCGUAAUCUUUCCUGGUUCUC